GCGACUCUUUGCACGCAACACCACAAUCCUCUUCGCCGUCACUCUCCCAAGCCAUCCCUUCGUCAAUCCAGACAAGAGAACAAAUCCGUCAAGAUGGCUCCCUCCAACCUGCCCUCCGUCAUGAACGCCACCAGCCAGGACAUCGAGACCCUGCUGGCCGCUCAGUGCCACCUCGGCUCCAAGAACCUCCAGGUUCACAUGGAGAACUACCUCUGGAAGACCCGUCAGGAUGGUGUCAACGUCAUCAACGUCGGCAAGACCUGGGAGAAGAUUGUCCUGGCCGCCCGUGUCAUCGCUGCCAUUGACAACCCCGCCGACAUCUGUGUCAUCUCUGCCCGUCCCUACGGUCAGCGUGCUGUCCUCAAGUUCGCCGCCCACACUGGUGCCACUGCCAUUGCUGGUCGCUUCACCCCCGGUUCUUUCACCAACUACAUCACCCGAUCUUUCAAGGAGCCCCGUCUGAUCAUCGUCACCGACCCCCGAACCGACGCCCAGGCCAUCAAGGAGGCUUCUUACGUCAACAUCCCCGUCAUUGCCCUCGCCGACACUGACUCUCCCACCGAGUACGUCGAUGUUGCCAUCCCCACCAACAACAAGGGUCGCCACGCUAUCGGUGCCGUCUGGUGGAUGCUCGCCCGUGAGGUCCUCCGCCUCCGCGGUACCAUCUACAACCGCGAGACCCCCUGGGACGUCAUGGUCGAUCUUUACUUCUACCGUGACCCCGAGGCUGAGGCCGAGGACAAGGUCGAGGAGGAGAAGGUCCCCGGCGCUGACGAGGAGGGCCCUGCCGCCAUCGAGUCCGGCUUCCAGGCCUCCGCUGGUGCUGACUGGGAGGCUCCCGCCUCUGGCUUCGCCGGUGCUUCUGGCGCUGCUGGCGCUCCUGGCUGGGACGGCGCUGCCGGUGAGGAGUGGGGUGCUGCCCCCGCUAACACCGAGUGGGCUGCUUCCGCCGAGCCCCCCAAGGAGUCUCAGUGGUAGGGUACUGAGGCCCAAGAGGGUUCCGGCGCUCAAGUUCCUGAGGCGAUUGAAUGGUAAAGAAAUCAAAAAAGAGGAUACCAAAAAAAUUCAAACGAGUGAAUUUGACACAAGGUCCUGGAAUGGGAGAGCAGAAAAAGCAUUGAAGGAUGUGUGGAUGUUGUGGUUCAAUCAAACUAUUCGACAAACAUUUCCUGUUUCUUCUAUCCCCAUCUUACGACAAAACACAAUAACUUGCUGACCUUUUUUCUUACUACGAACUUUGCAUGGGGACUAAAGGUUUUUGUUUUCUUUCAAAACUUGGCGGUGCUAAUGAGGGAAAGAUACUCGCCUCCUUUUCUCAUUGAGAAGGAUGGAGAGGGAAAGCCCUGCGCUGCCGAGGGGAUGGACUUGAUCGUUAUCCCGCCUUUGUUUCUGUGGAAAUUUGUAUUGAUGCGAGCAGAAGUCAAAAUAUGAGUCGUCUAAGCUGGGUUUACCCAAUCAAUUGUGCCGUAAAUUGUUGACCGUG